AUGAGUCGCCUGCCGCGGGAGUUGCGGGAGCGAUUGGCCCGCGAACACGUCGAGAAGGCCCGCGGGCUGCGCACCGACGCGGCGGAGUUGGCGACCCCCGCCCUCGCGCACCUCACCCGCGCCGUCGCCCUCAACCCCCUCCUCGUCCCCGCGCUGCUCCCCCGCGCCCACAUCGCCGCGCGGCAGGGGCGGCACGACGUGGCCAUCGCCGACCUCACCCUCGCCAUUCAGCUGGAGGAGUACGGACUCGACAGACGCCGCCUCGCCGCCGCCUACGGGGCAAGAGGGAAUGUCUACCGUAAGGUGAAUAAGAUUGCGGAAAGUAUUAUUGAUUUUUCAAGGGCAGUAGAGGUGGAACCGGAUAAUGGGACAUGGUUGUAUGAAUUAGGGGUCUCGUAUUCUGUGCAGGGUAGUACAACUCUAGCCCAACAUUUCUUUACAACCGCGUUAGGAGAUAAAUUAACAGGACGAAUGUCUGAAACUAUUCGCUUUCGUGCACUCUAUGCUUUAGGUACAUGUAAGCUAAAUGUAGGAGAUAUAAAUGGUGCAAUGACAGUACUUACAAAGGGACUUGAAAUUCAAGAGACACAUGGUUUACAUAAUUUACUUGGUGUUGCCCAUUUUACUCGUGAGGAGUAUAAAAUGGCCUUAAUACACUUUACGCGAGCAUUAGAACUUGACGGUCUUAAUAGUGAAUAUCAUGUUAAUAUUGGUCUUUGUUUGUUUCAACAAAAUGUUAUGCAAGAUGCCCUUAAACAUUUUGAAGAUGCCGUUUUAAAAGGUCCAAAACAAGCGAUGCUUCAUUUUUUUAGGGGAAAUGCAACUCUUAUGCUUGGAAUGUAUCCACAAUCUAUUACGGAUAUGAAUGAAGCAAUUUCAUUAGAUCCAUCAAGAGAAACUUAUCAUUAUUCUAAAGCGUUAGCUUUUUUAGCUCAAGGAUACAACAGAGAAGCCCUAGCUGAACUUCAAAUAGCUGUAAAACUAAAACCAACAUUCCAUACUGCAUGGGUACACGCAGGAUUACUACAUUUAUUACAACGUCAAUUAUUUGAUGCUUUAAAUUGUUUUUCUAAAGCGUUAAAUCUUCAAGAAGAAGAUGUACUCGUUCAUGAAUGUAUUGGUCUUGUUUACUGUGACCUUAAGUAUUAUGAUCUCGCUGCUGAUUCUUUUACAAGAUGCAUAACUCUUGGACCAGGUAAUCCUCUCUUUUACUUUCGUCGUGGUGCCGCUUUAAUUGAACAUGGAGAUAUUCAUGGUGCCCAUCUGGACUUAACAAAAGCUGUACUUGAAUAUAAUUUUCGUGAACCUCAAGCUUUACACUCUCUCUCUGUCGUCUUAAGUAGAUUGGAAAGCUUUUCAGAAGCUUUGGAAUUUGCUAAUGAAGCAGUUUCAUUAAAUUCGAAAAAUUACCGUUAUUUGUUGCAUCGUGCUGAUUGUCUUUACGCUGUUGGAAAUUAUUCAGAAGUUGUAGAAGUAACCACUACUGUUAUUCAACAGGGUUAUGAAAGUGCAGAAUUGUAUUAUUUACGAGCUCGUUCAGAGUAUGCACUUCAUUUAUAUAAUGAAACAGCUUCAGAUUUACUACAAGCAGCCUCUCUUCAACCUUUACUUCAUGAAAGUGCAGAUUUCUGUUAUGCUUUGGGAAUUGCAUAUUUGUAUUCUAAUCAGAACUAUCGUGAUGCAGAAGUCGCAUUAACAACUGCUAUUGAACGUCAUCCUAAUCCACCUGUAUGGUUCUUUGAUGAACGGGCGAAAGUACGUCAACGUCUUGGUGACGCUGCAGGUGCACUAGCGGAUCUUAAUGUUGUAUUGAGUGUUGAAGAAGAUGACCCUAGUGUACUCUUACGACGCUCUUUUGCACACAAAUCUCUUGAAAAUUAUAUGGAAGCUGCAAGAGAUUUUGAAAAAGUGAAAAUGAUGGAUGGAGCAAAAGAUAUACUUACACAGGUAUCAUACGAAAAGUUCUUUGCAAUUGACCAGAUAACCUGGGAUAUCAAUUAG